UACGGGAGACGAGUUUCUGCCUCCGUAAACCCGCCGAGAGACGAGCACUGACGGGGGAGGAAACUGAGCACGCUGAGAAAUCUGCUGCAUUCGGGAUUAUCUGGACGCUUUCUGCUGGUUUGGAGUUUUCUGCGGAUUCCCGGUUUUUGCGCGUGCUGCAGAGCGGACCGCGCGGCGCGACUCCAGGCGGCUCUGAAGGAAACCAUAUCUGGUCAAAGUAUUCGUUGCUGUCACCCAGCGGGACUGUCCGGCUAUAAAUAGCGCUGGAGGAGGUCCAUCUCAGGAGCGUGACAGGCACUUGGCUGCCUUUGCUGUUAUUUUACCCCUGAGCCAGGGGUCAUUGAGUGUAGGGUCUUGCAGGCUCCUGAUCUCCUACAUUUGGCCUUUUCCUGUUUGGAGGGGUGAUUGAGGUGUCCAUCAUGUCGGUUAUGAAGAAGGAGAUGGAUAAGUACAGGGACAUAGACGAGGACGAGCUGCUGAAGAAACUGUCAGAGGAAGAGCUGCAGCGAUUAGAGGAUGAAUUAGAGGAGCUGGAUCCUGAUAAUGCGUUGUUGCCUGCUGGGAUGCGGCAGAAGGACCAGACCAAGAAAAAUCCGACUGGGACAUUUCAGAGAGAUAACCUGCUAGCCCAUCUGGAGAAACAGGCCAAAGAGGAUCCUGAGCAAGAAGACCUGGUGCCUUUCACAGGGGAGAAGAGAGGGAAAGCCUUUGUGCCGAAGAAAGAUGGUGGACCCCAUCAUGGAGAAUGUGACUCUUGGAGACCGAAGCUGGAAGAGUUACUUUCCAUCCUCACUCUGUCUUCUUACUGUCUUCCAGCCAUCCUGGGUAUGCACACCCUGAUGAGUAACCAGCAGUACUAUGAAGCCCUGGCCAGCAGCAACAUAGUCAACAAGCAAGGCCUCAACAGUGUGAUCCAGUGCGCCCAGUACAAAGCAGUCCCAGAUGAAGAGCCCAACUCCACUGACGUAGAAGAGACCCUGUUGAGGAUGAAGAGGAACGACCCCGACCUGGUGGAGGUGAACCUCAACAACAUCAAGAAUAUCCCCAUCAAGACUCUGAAGGCGUACGCUGAUGCUCUGAUAGAGAACUCUGUGGUGGAGAGGUUUAGUAUUGUGGGAACCAGGAGCAACGACCCUGUAGCAUUUGCCCUGGCAGAGAUGUUGAAGGUGAACACGACGCUGAAGAGCCUGAAUGUGGAGUCUAACUUCAUCACAGGGACCGGCAUAGUGUCCCUCAUAGAAUCACUGCAGAACAACACCACACUACAGGAGCUCAAGAUAGACAACCAGAGCCAGCCGCUAGGCAACAAGGUGGAGAUGGAGAUAGCCCGCAUGCUGGAGAAAAACACCACGCUGUUGAAGUUUGGAUAUCAUUGCACCCAGCAGGGUCCGCGCCUCCGAGGCUCCAACGCCAUGAUGAACAACAAUGACCUGGGGAAAGCCUUUGUGCCGAAGAAGAUGGUGGACCCCAUCAUGGAGAAUGUGACUCUGGAGCCGGAGCUGGAAGAAGCCCUGGCGAGUGCUUCUGAUGCUGAACUCUGUGAUAUCGCAGCAUCAUCCAUGACGAGCAUUUCAUUCAAACCCGGCACCCAGAGGCCCGUGGCCCCCUCGGUUUGCUCAGCAGGGGUUCCCUUCACUUCGUCAGAGGAAGCUAAAGCCUCCUGCAGGAACACCCUGUGCACAAAUGACUGCAGAGAAAUAUCCACGAUGGAUGAGCAUGUCUGCAAGUGA